AUGUCAAAAUUGCAAUAUCAACAAUACCAUUGAAUUUGGUGAUUUAAAGGAUUUGUAAUUUUGCAAGAAACCAUAUAACCAACAAGAAAAAAAUUAUAUUUGUAAUUGAUAUUUCCUUUACAAUACAAUUAAUUUUUUUAACAACAGAUCAAUUAAAUAAAACCAUAAAUUUAAGUCUAUACUUAACUUUGCUUGUCAUAAUUAAAAGUGUCAAGUUUAAAAUAUCUAAUUUUAUAUCCUAACAUAAAGAAGUAGCUAUAAAGAAUAGUAUAUGUCAAUUUUUGAUAUAAAUAGUGCUUUUAGAAAAAUGGUAUAAAAAUAUAUCUAAAUAAUAAGAAUUAUUACGUUUAAUAACAAUUCCCAUAAGAAUUAAAAAAUUCAUUUGUGCUAACAUUUUACAUAGUCAGUGUGAUAAAGAGAAAAUUCUGUGAAAAUUUUAUAAAUAAAAAAAAAAAAAUACAAUGUCUGAAACUGAAUUAAACGUGGAGGAAAAUGCUGAUCCAAAUGUUAUUACCGAUGAGGAUAAACAAUUUCUACAAGAUUAUGUGAAGGAGGCGGAAUUAAGACUAGCAAGUAAAGAGGAAAUUCGAACUUCUAAUAUGAAUGUAACUAGACCACCUGAAUCAUAUUUCACCACUCUUGACUCAAGUUUAAAAAAGAAUACAACCUUUGUUAAAAAAUUAAAGAAUUUCAGUGCUCCACAACUUAAUAGUGUUCUUAAGGAUAUGUCGAAUUUAAAUUUAACAAAAUAUGUUAGUGAAGUUGCGAGUGCUUUAGUAGAGGCCAAACUCAAAAUGACUGACAUUAUACCCGCUAUUAAAGCUUGCAGCUAUUUACAUCAAACUUAUGCUGAAUUCUCGUCUCAUCUUUUUGAAAAUUGGCAAAAGAGUUUGUCUUUGAAGAUAGGAGAUAAAAUUUCAAAUCCCAGCAAACUGAGAGUUGAUCUCCGGUUUUAUGCUGAACUCGUCAACGCUGGUAUAUUUACACAUAAGCAGGGGCUGUCUCUUUUGGGAUCCGUUUUAACAGUACUAAUCAAUAUGGAUAAAGAAGAACAUAGUAAUGUUAGUAUAAUACUAAGCUUUUGUCGUCAUUGUGGAGAGGAUUAUGCAGGACUAGUACCUAAAAAAAUUCGUAUAUUAUCAGAAAAAUUAAAUGUCUCUUUACCAAAAAGUAAACUUCUUUCUCCUGAUAAACAACAAAAUGUUAAGCUAUUAUUGAGAGAUUACUAUAAUUCUCUAUGUAAACAUUUGCUCAAGGAUCAUAAAGAUUUGCAAGCUUUUGAGAGGCAAAAUCGUAAAAUUUUACAAACAAGAGGUGAAUUGAGCAGUGAGAGAAAAGAAAAAUUAGAAGCUCUACAAUUUUCUUAUGAGCGUAUUUUAACAAAUGUUCAAAGUUUCUCAGAAACUUUAGACGAACCAAUGUCGGAAUUACCAAUGGAUAUUGAAGUUAAAAUGGAAACUGAAGAAUCUUUUAAGACAAAUGUUGAAGGUGAGGAAUGUACCAUAAUUGAAGAUUUAUGGGGUGAUGAAGAAACGAGAAGAUUCUAUGAAGUUUUACCAGAUUUAACAGUUUUUUUACCUGGUUCUUAUUUGAGGGAAAUUGUUAAGCAAGACCCACCAAUAACUGAAGAGACGCUAGAUGAAGAAUUAACAUUUGAUGAAUUAGAGGAAAUUGAGAAAGUAGACGAACCUGAACAAGAAGUGGAAGAACCUCAAAUGUCGAAUAUUAGUAAUAAAAUUCUUUUGGACGCUUUUUUCACACACCUUCCAAAUUGCGUCAACCGUGAGCUAAUAGAUAAUGCCGCGGUUGAUUUCCUCAUGAAUCUUAAUACUAAGCACAAUAAGAAAAAAUUGAUAAAAGCACUUUUUGGUGUUUCGCGUAUUCGUUUGGAUUUAUUACCAUUCUAUUCGCGACUUGCUGCAAUUCUUUAUCCUGUAAUGCCAGAUGUUGCUAAUGAUUUGUGUCUUAUGUUAAAACAUGAUUUUAAAUAUCAUGUACAUAAAAAAGAUCAAAUUAAUAUUGAAUCAAAAAUAAAAGUGGUCAGAUAUAUAGGAGAACUUGUAAAAUUCAAACUCUAUUCGAAAAUCGAAGCUUUAUAUUGUCUAAAAGUCUUGUUACAUGAUUUUACCCACCAUCAUAUAGAAAUGGCUUGUAAUUUAUUAGAAACAUGUGGAAAGUUUCUAUUUUGUUCGGCAGAUUCACAUCAAAGAACGAAAAUUUAUUUAGAGCAAAUGAUGAGAAAGAAGGCUGUCACUGCUCUUGAUUCUAGAUAUGUAACUAUUAUUGAAAAUGCAUAUUAUUUUGUUAAUCCUCCCGAAUCGACUGGUGGAAUUACAAAAAAAGAAAGACCUCCAAUUCAUGAAUUUAUUAGAAAAUUGAUGUAUCAAGAUUUAUCGAAAACUAAUACUGAUAAAGUUCUUAAAUGGAUGAGAAAAUUGGAUUGGGAGGAUGAGAGUAUUUCUUCUUAUGCUGUGAAAUGUUUAACUGCUGCCUACAAUGUCAAGUACCUGAAUAUAAGAUGUGUUGGCAGCUUGCUAGCAGGACUUGUGGCACACUAUGAAGCUGUUGGACCCUACGUUGUUGAUGGAGUUUUAGAUGACAUAAGAGUAUGUAUGGAAGUGAAUCUUCCUAAAUUUAAUCAGCGUCGCGUCGCUAUGGUGAAAUAUCUUGGAGAGCUUUACAAUUAUCGAAUGGUAGAAAGCGGCGAUAUAUUUAGAACUCUUUAUCUUCUAAUAACAUUUGGUGUUAGCACAGAGCAAGGAAUUCCAAGUAUUCUUGAUCCACCUGAACAUUUAUUUCGUAUUAGACUUGUUUGCACUCUUCUUGAAACUUGUGGACAAUAUUUCAGCGGUGGAUCUAGUAAGAAAAAACUCGAUUAUUUUUUAAUUUUCUUUCAAAAUUAUUAUUGGUUCAAACGCACAAAUCCCAUUUGGACUGCCGAUAAUCCCUUUCCAGUCGAUAUUGAUUAUAUGUUUCGUGAUACUCUCGCUAUGUUGAGACCAAAAAUGCAACUUUUUGAAAGUUACAAAGAAACUCAAUUUGCCAUUGAGGAACUUCGAAAUAAUUUAUAUCCAUCUCUUGUGGCGUCUAUUAAAAAAGAUCAACAAUUUGGACAAAGUGAAAUGGGCGUAAUUCCUGAAGUUGACGAGGAAACAUCAUCAGCUGCAAAAAAUGGUAGCGGCGAUGCAAAAGGAAUGGUCGAUCUGCACUUUGAAGAAUCUGAGGAUUAUUCGGAAGGUCUAUCUGACGAUGAAUGGGAUGUUGAUGCUGAACGAGAUGAAAAUUUGGGAACACAAGAAAAUACACAAGGUGAUCAAAGUUUAUCUGAAGGUUGCAAUGACAUGGCAAUUAUGGAUUCAUCAGAAUUAAAUGCAGCAUGUCCAUCAGGGCCAAAAAGAGUUAGUUGUCCAGAGGAUGAUGAUUUUUUAUCAGCACUCGAUAAAAUGGUAUCGGAUAAUAUUCAAGAUAGAAUGCGUGAUUCCGUGAAACCUCAACAAGUUGAUAUUUCUGUUCCUCUUCAUGUUAGAAGUACAAAAAAAACAUAUGAACAAUUGCAAGAAGGUCCCUCAGAUAAGACGACUGUUGAUUUUGUUUUAAUGUUGAGAAAAGGAAAUAAGCAGCAGUAUAAAAAUUUGGCAGUGCCCGUUUCAUCUGAGUUAGCUAUGAAUUUGAGAAAUCGUGAACAGGAACAAAAAGAGGAAAAAGAACGUGUGAAAAGAUUAACACUCAAUAUCACCGAAAGACAAGAGGAGGAAGAUUAUCAAGAAACUAUUAAUCAAGGAACUAGACCAGUUACUGUUAAUUUAAAUAGAGAAAGAAGACAGAAAUAUAAUCAUCCUAAAGGAGCACCUGAUGCAGAUCUUAUUUUUGGACCAAAAAAAAUCCGCUAAAGUAAUAUUUGGUUAUUUAAAAAAAACUAAUAAUUCUUUUUGUUUGAGAGCAUAGUCGAACUUUACAUUAAUUGUUAUCUUACUUACUUUUAGUGAACUAUGCUUAUUAUAUAUAUAUAUAUAUAUAUAUAACUUGUGAUAAUGUAAAUAUCUAUUCUGAUAAAAUUUAAUUAAACAAGCAAGAUUUAUUUAAAAUUCAAUUUUCUUCAAAUUCAAAGUAUAUUAUGUUUUUAUAUUUUUAGAAUAAUUUAUUAUUUUUUAAAUAUAUCCGCGAUAUGCAAAUAAAAAAUUUCCUUUCCCACAAGACACAAAAAAGAUAGGUAUGUGAAAGAAUUUCUAAAAAGGGAAAAAUCUGCUAAAAUGUCGUAAUUUAUUCAAGCGCUGUUACAUUGUCUAACUAUAGAAGUAAUUAAAAUUUCGCAGAAGAUAUGAUCAAUUUUUUUUUAUUUUUCAAGCAUUUAAAUGUUUAAUGAUACACUUGUUGAAAAGGGAUUAAACCUAUAGUUCGAGUUGAAGUUAAGCUAUACUUAACACUUUUCCCUUGCUUUAAAAAUUCUGGUUAUUCUUAACUAAAAUGCAAGUUUUAAUUACAAAUUAAAUUCGUGAUUAUAUAAACUGUAAUUCUAUUUUUUUUAAAUUGAAAUUCUAGUUAAUAAAAUCAUUUCUAUUAUUAAAUAUCAGGGGGAAAUUAUUGUUGGGGAAAAAAGAAAAUUAGCUUAACUUGAAUUCCAUUUAGAUAAAUUAAACAUAUCUUUCGGUAUGAAUUAUACUCAGUUUGCAAACAGAGAAUAAGUUAUAAAUAAAAUGUGUAUUGAGCAAAAGUUUUAAAAAUCAAUUAUACUAAAUUUGUAUACUAAGUUAAAAGAAUUUCAUAGUAGACAAUUUAAGUAUAUUUGAGAAAACAAACAAUUGCUUCUUUCUUUAAAAAUAUUAAACAUCUUUCACAAAAUUACAAACAACAAUCAUACAAAAAGGAAAUGUAUUUUGAUAUAAUGUGUAUCAAUAACGUUAAAAAAGAAUUAUUACUUUCGUUUCCGAAACUAUAUUAACUUAGCAUUGCGCGGUGUAAAUUAUUCUUAAAAAAGAUAGAGUUGUUACAGUACAGAUAUAUAUAUAUAUAAAAAUCUAAAAAAUUUUGUGACUUAUUUAAACAUAGAUUUUUUCUCAAAAAUGAAGUUCAUUUUGAAAAAGCCAGUGAUUGAUUAAUACAUCAGAUAAAUGCACAUGAAUAUUUUGUGAUAUAAUGAGUAUUUUUUUUUUAAUUUUAAAACUAUCGUUUUCUUGCCUGGGGGUUUUAAAAUACAUAGAAAAUUUCCCAGAAUCUUUUUUUUUUUUUUUUUGAUCAGUUCUUUUUCGUUUAGUGCAUCAAGUUUAUAUAACAAAAAUAACUAAACAACACCGUUAUACGGUGCAAAAUUAUUUAUUUUUUUUAACCUAAAAAUAAGCACGUACAAAAUUAAUAUAAAUAAAGUUUUGUGUUUUUUUUUAAAUGUGUGGAGUGUCUAUAUAUCAUACCACAUUUUCAGUAACGAUAUUAUUUUUUGCAAAUAAAUUGAGUUUGGUAUUUGUGUAAAAAAUAAAUAAAACCUACUCCAACAAAAUGCAAAAAAAUAUCAACUGCUGUGUGCUUGCACUUCAAAUAUUUUAAAGACCUUCUUCUGCGUCUUCAAAUUGACCUGCUUCAACAUCCAUAGCUUCUUCUGCUUCGACUCCAUUAUGAUUUUCUCCAACCGUUUCUGAAAAU